AUACAAAAUUAUUGUUCAGGGAAAACAUAUUUCAGAAACAGAAGCUAUGAACAUAUUACUUGUUUACUUGUCUUACUUGUUUAUAUGUUUUAUUUUAUUGUUUAAACGAGUUGAUUCAGUGAUCUGUACUGAUUAUAUACAAAGUUCGACUGCCGUUUCUUUGGAAGAGAUUAAUGGAAAAUGUCUAGCAGUUACCAAGUCAGCGGUGAGUGGGUCAGCAACCUCUUCGUGCAACUCUGUAGGAAAAGGAGCCGGUCUAGGAAAGUUUGUGAAGCUAUCAAUAGAUAAUCAGUUGGAAAAUGAUUUUGUAGCUGAUGGCUUAAUGGAUACGACUUAUCAAACAGCUUACAUCGGUCUAGGCCAGUCAGAAGCUGGAUGGGGAUGGAUGAACGGGGACAGUUCAACGUAUAGUAAUUGGGCACAACCCCCAGUAACAUAUCCUCCAACAAUCGGUCAAACUACCGUACCAUUCAGAUCAACACUGCCACCUGCUGAACAGAGAAGAUCAACUGCAGUGGUUAUCGGAAUUGAUGCUUCAAUAUUCUCCACAAAUGCAUUGACAUUUGCGCAAGUCGAGUUCGCCAGAUCUCUAUCCACCUAUAUUGGAGAUCGUGGACCCGCCGAAUUCGCACUGUUUGCGUAUGGUUGCACCCAGGUGUCUCCGUAUAUAUACCAGUAUCCAAAUUUUGUGAGCACAUUUGUGGAUACUGAUACAAUGAUUCGGAAUCUUAACGAGACAAUUAAUCAUGACUGCGUUCGCAACAAUCCGCUGGAUUUUAAAUCAAUGUUCCGUGAUCAGUCAGUUUAUUAUAAUCGAUAUCCCACGUCAUACCGGCCAUUUAAAUCACAAUUCUUAUCGAUGAUCUACUUCAGUUCUUCUACGGACUCGGAUAAUAUAAAAGCGGCCAGCUCCCUCUACCCAAUAGCUGACUCGUCAGUUAUCACAAUCAACGUUGGUGAUAAUUCAAUCGAUAUUUCGCCUUUAUCGAUUCCAGUUGGCAAGAAUGGGAUUCGUGUGAAAACUGCAGACGACAUUUUGGGUCUCGUCCCGAAAGUGGAUUCAAUGAUUUUCGGUGCGACAGUUGCCUCGCCUGGUGGUGCCGCGUGGAAAGCAUUUGAAGAACCCUCUAUCGACGCAACUACCUACACGGAUUGUGCCUACAUGAACGUGAGCGACAAGCUUUGGUACUCGGACGGGAAUUGUACCAGUACCAAACGACAAGUACUCUGCCAAUAUGUGCUCCCGCUGCCUUCAACCCCUGAACCGACAUCGAAUCCAUCAGACCCAUGCUUCUACGACACGACUAAUUUCACAUAUUUCAGUGGUCUGGCCAAUACGAAAUGCUAUCGGGUCUCCUCAGACAAAAAACAAUUCGCUGAAGCUGAAAAUCUCUGCCUAUCCGAUCAUCCAUUAUUCCUGCAUACUCCUAAACUGACAUCAAUCGAGACAAAGGAAGAGGAGGAGAAAGUGCGGACCAUAGUACCGCCCGUCAGUGACGGGAUGUUCUGGUUCGGGCUAAAACGGGACCCGACCAACUCGUCAAACUGGUAUUUUAUCAACGGAGACACCUAUGAUUCCAGUUAUCAAAACUGGCGAUCCGGAUAUCCACGAGAUGCUGAUGGUUGUGAUUGUGUGGCGCUGGUGAUUAAUGAUAAUUCAUGGGUGAAUACUGACUGCAAUAAGCAGCUGUAUUCGAUAUGUGCUUUUCGGUACAACUAGUGAUCUACUGCUCUACUGAUAAAGCUUUGGAAAC